ACCUUCCUCCCACAACGAAAUUACCAGUACAUCUUCGCUUUCAGAUUAGAUCCAAAAUUCUCCUUUCCUCUUAUUUCCGAUUCCCCAAUUUUUCCCGAAACCCUAAUCCUAAUCCCAGAUUCCUCCUGUCUACAUCGUUUAGCAAAUGGCAACCGAGGACCCGGCAGUCGUGGCAGACCCCGCACCCGAGACGGAGGAGGACAAGACUGCUGAGACCAAAGCUGCUUCAAAAUCCGGCAGAGCAAAGAAAGCCAAAGAACCCAAAACCAAGAAAGCUGCAGCUCCUAGGAAACCACGGGCUGCUCCUACUCAUCCUCCUUACGAAGAGAUGAUCAAAGAUGCGAUCGUUACUUUGAAAGAGAGGACAGGUUCAAGUCAGUACGCCAUUGCUAAGUUCAUUGAAGAGAAACAGAAGAAUCUUCCUGGAAAUUUCAAGAAGCUUCUGCUUGUCCAUUUGAAGAAGCUUGUGGCUGCUGGGAAGUUGGUUAAAGUUAAGGCUUCGUAUAAACUUCCUUCUGCUAGGUCUUCGAAGACGGCUACUGCUGCUUCUGCUCCUGCAAAAAAGAAACCGGCUACUACUAAGUCGAAGUCUAAGCCUGCCUCAAAGCCUAAGGAAGGGAAGAGUACAAAAACUACUCCUAAAGCUAAGGCCAAGACAAAAACUACUCCUAAAGCUAAGGCCAAGACAAAAACUACUUCGAAGGCUAAGAGUAAGCCGGCGGCUACUUCUAAGGCGAAGGCUGCUCCAGCCAAGACUAAGGCAGUGGCUUCUGUGAAGCCGAAGACUACUGCAGCUACAAAGUCAAAAGCUGCAGCCAAGCCUAAGGACAAGCCGGUUAAGGCUUCGAGGACUUCAACUAGGACGUCUCCCGGAAAGAGGGCUGCUGCUCCCAAGCCUGCUGCGAAGAAGGCUCCUGCGGCUAAAAAAGCUCCUGCGAAGAGUGUAAAGCCGAAGAGUGUCAAGUCACCGGCGAAGAAAGCCACGUCGAGGAGGGGAAAGAAAUGAGAGAAGAGAGGGUGGUCAACAUAGGGGUAGUUUUGUAAAUUCGAGUGAAGCUUAGUGGGUGUAUUUGGGUCCAUACCCAGGAAAAUAUGACAUCGGAUCUUAUCUGUUCUUGAACUUUUCUUCGAGGGGUUGUUUUUUUUGUUGUUGUUGUUGAUUGACGCUAAAUUUCUAAAUUCCUUAGUUUUUAAAGCAGAUUUUAGAUGUAAUUUUUCAGUUGAAUGGAUUAUGAGAUGAAAUCAGAGCUCCCUGAUAUUUUAUCA